GGUGGAGGGUGGGUUGGCAAAUUGACUACAACUCCCAGAGGGCAGCACGGUCGCAGCCGCGGGCACUUCAGUUCCCAGGAAGACCCGGGCCCUCGGGCGGAAAUCGGCGGAGGCUGAAGGCCGUCCGAGGCCUGAGCGGGCGUCGCGGAGCUUUGCACUGCCGGACUCGCCGUCGGCGCGGUCGCCUCUGUCCACCUCCUCCACAUCCUGCUGGGGGCCGCCAUGAAGGACUCGCUGGUGCUGCUAGGCCGCGUCCCGGCGCACCCGGACUCCCGGUGCUGGUUCUUGGCCUGGAACCCCACGGGAACCCUGCUGGCGUCGUGCGGUGGUGACCGUAGAGUCCGCAUCUGGGGCACCGAAGGUGACAGCUGGAUCUGCAAAUCUGUCCUUUCCGAAGGCCACCAGCGCACCGUGCGGAAGGUGGCCUGGUCUCCGUGUGGCAAUUACCUGGCCUCUGCCAGUUUCGAUGCUACCACUUGCAUUUGGAAAAAGAACCAGGAUGACUUUGAGUGUGUAACUACUCUAGAGGGCCAUGAAAAUGAGGUCAAGUCAGUGGCCUGGGCCCCUUCUGGCAACCUUCUUGCCACCUGCAGCCGAGAUAAGAGUGUGUGGGUCUGGGAAGUUGAUGAAGAAGAUGAGUAUGAAUGUGUCAGCGUCCUCAACUCUCACACGCAGGAUGUCAAGCAUGUGGUUUGGCACCCAAGCCAGGAGCUGUUAGCCUCUGCCAGCUAUGACGACACAGUAAAGCUCUACCGGGAGGAAGAGGAUGAUUGGGUAUGUUGUGCCACCCUUGAAGGCCAUGAAUCCACUGUGUGGAGCUUGGCCUUUGACCCCAGUGGCCAGCGCUUGGCAUCUUGCAGUGAUGACCGUACUGUGCGUAUCUGGCGCCAGUAUCUACCAGACAACGAGCAAGGGGUGGCAUGCAGCGGCUCUGACCCCAGCUGGAAAUGUAUCUGCACUUUGUCGGGCUUCCACUCCAGGACCAUUUAUGACGUUGCUUGGUGUCAGCUGACAGGGGCCCUGGCUACAGCUUGUGGGGAUGAUGCCAUCCGUGUGUUUGAGGAGGAUCCCAGCUCAGAUCCACAGCAGCCCACCUUCUCCCUGACAGCCCACUUGCCUCAGGCCCAUUCCCAGGAUGUCAACUGUGUGGCCUGGAACCCCAAGGAGCAGGGGCUCCUGGCCUCCUGCAGUGAUGACGGGGAGGUGGCCUUCUGGAAGUAUCAGCGACCAGAAGGCAUCUGAGCCACUUGACUUUGGACAGAAUUAUGAUUCCCCAGAAAAUGUCAUAAGACUUUCCCAGCUCCAAGAGGACCUGGAGGAGCAUCCUUGACCUUUGUUUAACCUGGCUCUCUUCCAUUCAGACUUGGGUAGAAGUGCAGAGCCACAGAACCACUCACUCUUCCCCUCCUUUGACAUGGGGCCCAUGGUAAAGAGCUAUGGAACAUCAGUGUGUUGUGGUUAUACCACAGAUUUUGCUUUCUUGAGAGCACAGUGUUAAAUUUUGCAGGGGUGGUGGUGAAUAUAGUAUUUAUAGUCACCAUAUCUUUAUGUACAGGGGAUACAUCUUAAGCUUUUCAGAAAUUGGAAGCUUUAUAGAAAUAGGUCAUCUGAGUCCCAAAUCCUAUUUUAUAAAGAUAUUCCCAACUUAAAAGAA